AAAACGUAAAAUAAUUUAAGAACGCAGUGGCUUCGUACCAAAAUUUUUGCGCUGCUUCGUUCAAAAUAUUAGUAAAGGAAAAUGUCAAGCACUAUCAAAGUGGGAAUCAAAUUGAGACCCUUGUUGGAGCCGGAAAAAGAUGAUAAUUUAUCGUUACAAUGGACCGUACACGGAAGUUCGAUUGUGUCUUUAAGUCCAAAGGAUAACCUACUUAUACGUCUGAUGACGUAUUCUCUCCAAAAAUAUCAUAUUUUUGAUACAAAUGCCACAAAUUCAGAUGUGUUUAACAGUAUUAUAAAACCUAUUGUUGAUGCAGCUAUAGAUGGCUUUAAUGGAACAGUAUUUUGUUGUGGUCAAUGUCAUUCUGGCAAAACAUACACAAUGACAGGUACAUUAGAGGAACCAGGUGUAAUACCACUUACUAUUGAAUACAUAUUUAACAUUAUUUCAAGUACUGUUAAGCGUGAAUUUUUGUUAAGAGUAUCUUAUUUAGAAAUUUGUGAUGAAAAAAUAAAUGACUUAUUAAGUAAGAAUGGAACUGACUUGAAGUUGUAUAAAGAUGACAAUGGACAGACAAUUAUUAAUUGUAAGGAAGAAAUUAUAAACUCUUCAGAUAAUAUGUUAUCUGUAAUGGAAAAAGGAAUAAAAAAUAAAAGACUAUUAGAAAUCAACAGGAAUAAAUUCAUUAGCAGUCACAGCAUAUUUCGAAUUACAAUUGAAAGUCAAGAAGUUGAAGAGGAUUCCAAGAAUGUUGUACAAGUAUCACAAUUAAAUUUAAUAGAUCUUGCUGGUUUAAAAAAAAUUCCUUGCAUAGAUGCUGUUGAAGAACAGCAAUCUGACAUAUCCCCUUUCACUUUAGAAUCAUUAAUUAUACAAGAAACUAAAUUGCAAAAUGUGCAGGAACAUACUGAUUACCAUAGCAGUAAAUUAACAGAAUUGCUACAGUCAUCAUUAAAUGGCAAUGCUUUAACAGCAAUAAUAUGUACAGUCACACCUGUUGCUUUAGAGGAAACAUACAGCACUUUAUUGUGUGCAUCUCAAGCCAAGACUAUUACAACCAAACCACAAAAAAGUGGAGUUAUGUCUGAUUCACCACUUCUAAUACGUUAUGCAAAACAGUUAACUAAACUACAAACAGAAUUAGAGAGAAUAAGAACUGGAAACUCACCUGUAGAGUCUGAAGAAGUAGAAUCAAAUAACUUGAAAAUGAAGUAUCAUAUUUAUCGUUUGCUAGAGGAAUGUAUAAAGUUACUAAAGACUCAAUUUAUUUCUGGAUUUACAAAAAAUUGCGAAGAACAACUUAAAUAUAAAUCUAGAAGAAGACAGAUUUCGUAUAAUCCUGGAACAUUUACACAGUAUUUACCUGUAUGCCAUACUAAAGUUUGUUUGCCAACAAUAAAAGAAAUAUCACCUGAGAAACCAUAUAAAAAGAAAAUUAUGCAAUCAGUGAAUGUUAUAAGUCAAACAUUUGAGGCAGCUUUUACAGACUUUGAAUUAGAGUUGAUCGAUUGUGAAGGGGAUUAUGAAACCAAAGAAAAUAAUACAGAACUGUACAGUGAAAAUGAAUUUAAUGUAGAUUUAAAAAAUGAUAAUUUUUAUCUAACUCCAGAAAAACAAGAUUCUUGUGUACAAACUUUGAGCAAUCAAGCAUCUCCUUCUACACCAAAAAGUGUUUUGCGGAGAUAUAUUUUAGACCUAACAAAGGAUCUGAUCGAACUACGUGAGUUUACAACUUUAGAAAAACAAUUAAUGUGCGAAAAAAGUCACUGUUGCACACAUAAUUUAGAGGAACAAAUUGCACAAGAAUCUACCUGUUUUUGUUUUAAAAAUGACGAAAUUAACGGAUAUUCUUCAAAUUUAAUAGUAAAGUUGGAAGAUGAGAAGGCUAAGUUAGUAGAAAAUUUAACACUAAAAGUUGAAGAAUUAGAUGAAAUAAAGAACGAUGUUCGAAGUCUUAAGAUAGAUGCACAAAAAUUGGAAAGAACUAUUUAUUUAUUAACAAAUGAAAAUAUGGAAAUGACCACUAAAUUAUUGGCUGAAAAAGAACGUUCGAAACAAAUUGAACUUAAUCUUCAAACGUCGAUCGACCAACUUUAUACACGUAUUUCAAAAAUUACAGACGAAAAAAUCAAUCUAGAAAGCGACUUAAGGGUUUUGAAUGGUCAAUUAGAAUCUCUUCGUUCAAAAACCUCAGAAGGAUAUAGCGAUGAGCAAUUAACCUUUAAAUAUCAAAAUGAAAUCGAUGCAUUAAAGACAGAGAAUAUUGAAUUAUCAACUAUAAUUGUAGAAAAAAAUAAAGAACUUGAGAGCAUUAAAGAAAGUAAAUCGCUACUGUAUGAUCAUGAAUGUAUUUACAAGGAUAAGGUUACAUUACUUACGGAAAAAAACGAAUCUUUGGUAACGGAAAACAAUGAACUUUCUACCGACUUAAUAGACAAAAUUGAAGAAAAUGACAUGUUGAAAGAACAAUCCGAUAUCUUAAGAAAUAAAAUAUCUUCAAUAGAAAAUACGAAUUUUGAUAAAAAUGAUGAAGAGCUGUUAAAGACAGAGAACAGUAUGUUGAGAGCCGAAAUUGUUGAAUUAAAAAUGAAAGUAACAAUGCUAUCUGAAGAAAAUGCAAAGUUCUCUCAUAAUUUGUUGGAAACUAUGGAAGAAAUUGAUAAUUCACGCAAUGACAAAUUGAGUAUUAACACGUCGCACUUGUCUGCAGUACCUGAUGACACUAUAAAGAUAACUGAAAUAGCAAAGAACCCAGUACAGGAAGAAAAUCGCGAGGAAUUGGCAAACAGAGUUAUAACGUUACAAGAUCAAGUCAAUCAUUUAUCUCAUUUGAAUAAAAAAUUGAGCGAAUUAAAAUUAUCAUCUUGUAGCCAAUGUACGCAUUUGAAGAACUUAAACGAGAGUCGUAGAGCACUUAAACUCGAGGCGAAACAUUUAAAUCACAAGUUAGAAGAUUUGCAAAAGAAAUUCGAUCGUAAGUGUGCAGAUACCGAAAUAUUAAAACUUAAAGUUAAUCAAGAAUUGAAUUUAAGUUUUGGCGAUACAUCUUUUAACUCCAGUUUUGCAGAUGGAAUGAAUGUAAGCUUUGUAGAAGAAAAAGUUCAAUAUUUGAAUAACGAAUUAGAAGCUUUAAAAGAUAAUCAUGACAAAUUGUCUGCCUUAUAUCAGGAAAAGUGCAAUGAACUUGAAAAAUUUCACGAUGAAGUAGUUGAUACGAAGAACACAGACGAUGAUUGUAAACCAAAGAAACAUGGGCUUAAAAGUGAAACUAGAAUCGAACAAAUUCAAAAAAGUAUCGACCAAGUAAAGGAGGACAUAGAUGAAUUAAAGAAGAAUAGUACGAAUUUUACUUCCUUGCUUAGUAAAUUUAGGACGGAAAAAAGAAGCUUAUUGGACGAAAUCAAUACACUGAAAAGCAUUAAUGAAGAACUACAGCAACAAGUAUCAGAUAGGGAAAUAACAGCAGCAAUAGCCACAGAGAAAGCGCAAAUUCUUGAGAAUGAAUUAAAAAGUAUGAGCAAAGAAAUCGAGCAGUUUUCUGUGAAAGAGAAAAUGAUAUGCAACGAAAAGUUGACGCUAGAAGUAAAAUUAGAAGAUUUGAAAGUUGAGAAAGAAAAUAAAGACACUCUUAUCACUGGAUUACAUCGAACAAUUGACGAUUUAAAUGAAUGCAUUUCAUCACUGAAGAAUGAGUUAGAUUCAAUAACCAAUCAGAAGAAUGAAUUAACCAUUUCAACUGAAACUAUCGAAUAUAAAUAUAAAGACGAACUGGAACUAUUAAGAAAACAAUACAAUGAAGUAGAGAGAGGAAAACAAGAAAGCACCGAAGCAGCAAAACAUGCGACAUUGUGGGCAACAGAAUUAAAGUCAGACGUGGAAAAACUUCAAACAGAUUUAACAAAACAAGAGCAUCUGGAAGAGUUGGAUACUGUCAAAGAAUGCAUGAUGAAGGAAUUGAAGUCACUUAAAUACAAAGUAAAUUCUGUGGAUUUCUUAAACAAAACAGCAGAUGAAAUUUUUAUUAUAUUUUUGCAGACACUCAUGUCAAAGGAGGAAGAAGUAAUUAAAACAAUGAGAGGAUUAUUUGAAAUGGACAAACAAAAGUUAGAAGAUGAAAUACAACAAAGUGCGGAUGUAGAGAAGCGUGUAACAUCAUGGGCUAAAGAAUUAGAAACAGAAAUUGAAAAAUUACAAACAGACUUAAUAAAACAGGAAAAUUUAUGUACACAACAGCAAGAUAGAGUUAAUCAGUUAGAACACAUGUUAAGGGAAAAUAAUUAUGAAAAGGAAACACUUAAAGAAAAAAUGGAUCUGCUACAAGUUGAUUUCACUAAUUUACAAAGUGAAUUUGAUAAACAGUGCAAUGUAGAUAUUCAACAAAAAGAAGAAGCACUAGUUAUUGCUCAAAAACGAGAAAAAGAGGCUCAAGAAGCCUUUGUAAACAAAGAAAUUGAACUUCACUCUGAAAUAAGAUUUGAGAUACAGGUAUAUGAAAAGAAAAUAGAAGAACUAGUUUGUACCAUAGAGAUUUAUAAGACAAAGAAUAUGGAAUUGAAAAGUAACAUUGAAGGUUUCGAAGCUAAUGAGAAACAAUUGAAAAAUAUUAUAGAAACAAUUUCUUCUGAAUUAAAAAUUAACAAGCAAACGAUAGAGAAAAUGACCCAUGAGUUUGAACAACUCACAGAAGCUUUUAAUGAAGUAAAUCAUGAAGUAGAAGAGAAAGUAUCCCAAAUUGAAAAUAUUAAAGCUCUUUUAAAAAAUAAAUGUGACAUGUUAUCCGAAUAUAAAGCUAAACUUGAAACUAUCAUGCCAGAUUAUGAAAUACUACAAAAUCAAGUUAAAGAAAAGAAAGAAAGUAUAGUACGGUACAAAGAAGAGACAGAAAGAUUAAAAAUGGCUAAGGAAAAGGAAAUUGAAAUAAUCAAAGAUCAAUUAAAUUCAGAAGAAAUAAAAAAUGUUGGAUUAAAUAGACAAUUAAAUGAAUUAAAUAACAAAAAUGUAACUUUAGUAGAACAAUUAGAUAAUCUGAAAGAAGAAUACGAAGUAUUGCAACAAGUAAAUGCAAAGUUGGAAAGAAAAAUUAGAAAUAGUACAAGUAAAGUGAAAGCUGAAGCAGAAAUGGAAGAAUUAACAGAUGUGAAUAAGAGAUUACAAAAUAGCUUGGAAGGAGCAAGUAACCGCAUAAUUGAGCUACAAGAUAAUAAAAAUAAAAUUUUAAAAGAAUUAGUUAAUUUGAAAGGUCAAUAUGAAUUACUGUCUCAAGAAAAUGUUGAAAUAAAAAAAUCUUUAUCACUGUACAAAUCGAAACAAACUAUUCCAUGUUUUUCUCAAGGAAAUAGUAAGUAUGAUGCUCUUCUUCAAGAGAAAAAUAAAAUUGCACUAGAAUUAGAAGGUAAAAAAUUAUUGUUAAUCCAAAGGGAUAAAGAGAUUAAAAAACACAUAUAUCAAAUAAAAGAUGUAAUUACCAGAAAGGAAGAACUUGAUAACCAACUAAAAGAUAAAUUAUGUGACCAUCAGACACAAAAUAAAUUAAUUAAUAAAUUAGAGGAAAAAUUAAAAAUAUUAGACGAAGAAAAUAAAAAUAUUAAAAAACAACUUCAAUCAUUUGAAAAAACGGCACAAAUCGAUAAUAAACAGAUAGAAGAUAAAAAAUGGUACAAUGAAGAAAUUUGUUAUAUUUUGAAAAGAGAGAAUUCAAAAGUACAAAAAAAAAUUAACGAAUAUGAGAAUAAAGUGGAAUUAAAAAGCAACAGUAGCGGUUCAAGAUGUGCUAGUCCGGCUUUUGAAAACAACAGAAGAAGGCGCAGUAGAAAUGAGGUGUUUAAUCAAAGGAGGCAAUUGGAAAAUGUAAUGUUGGAUACAGAUGUUAAUGAAAAUGAAGAAACAUGUCAAAUACUAAGAAAAAAAAUUCAAGAAUUAGAAAUACAAUUGGUAUCAAGAAAUGGACAAAUUGCAGCACUAGAGAUGCAAAUCGAGAGUGAAAAUUUCCCUUACCAACAAAAAUGCAAGGAACUUGAAGAACAAAUACUCACAUUGCGAGAAAAAAAUUCCGAACUUAGUUGUGAAGUAAGAAAGCUUCAAAGAACUCUGAACGAUAUCAAUACGUGGGAAUGCGAUACCUGUCGAUGGUGGCGUAUUAAUAAAAGAGAGAAAGCUUGUCAAGCAACUCCUAAUAAUAUGCGAGGACCUCUUAAUUUAAAUAACGGAAUAAUUAAUGAUCGUGUACAAAUUGCAAAACUAGAAAAAGACAAGGCAAUGAUAAAAGAUGUAUGCCGUUCACAAUGUCGACAAAUAAAAGAUUUAGAGGAUAAAGUAAGAGAAUUAGAAGCACAAGCUACAUCAUCCUCAAAACGCAUUGACUUUUUGCAAGAAAAAUCAAAUCAAUAUACUUGCACAAUGCAUUUCGACAAAAAAUUUAAUUUGGAAAAAAACAUAAUACCAGCAAUGAAAGAAAAUGUUCCAGCCAAUAUAUUGAAGCUUACAAAAACUUCAAAUUACAAGAGAAGCAUUUGGAAUAAUUAUUAA